AUGAAGAAAGUCUCGCCGUCCGUAGCCAGAAGGAAGCUCAUCAACGCCCUACCCAAUUUCCUGCCUUUCAUCAUCACCUUCACGCAUGUCUUCUUGUCUCCAUAUACAAAAGUAGAAGAGUCGUUCACUCUACAUGCUGUGCAUGAUGUAUUGGCUUAUGGGUGGGAUAGAUCUCGACUGUCACAUUGGGAUCACAUUACCUUUCCCGGAGCUGUCCCUCGUUCCUUCUUACCUCCUCUAAUAUUAGGUACGAUCUCCUAUACAGUAGCUUGUGCUGGUGUAGCUCUGGGCUGGAUACGGACGAAGAUAGACGUUCAGAUAAUUGUCAGAUUGAUUCUUGCUGCAAUAUUCUCUCAUUCGUUCAAUCACCUAGCCAAAACUCUUCGAGCGAGAUAUGGUGCAUCCGUGAGAACAUGGUUUACGAUCUUGUCUUUGACAAGUUUCCAUAUACCUUAUUAUGCAGGUAGGACAUUGCCUAAUUUCAUGGCUUUGCCAGGGGUCCUCCUCAGUAUAUCACUCAUUUUGAGAUCCGGUUCAAGAUCUGCUCCGGAGACAGUCACGGCUAAACGACUUAGGACAUCCAUCGUACUGCUCACGGGUUUAGCGACAGUCGUCAGAUUGGAAUUAGCCUUGUUCUUGAUUCCCGUUGCGUUGAGUCUGGUGGUUACUAGCAAAGCCAGUCUGAGUCAGGCGGUAGGAUGGGGUAUGUUAGGUGGAUUUGGAUCUUUGGCCAUAUCAUCUCCUAUCGACUAUACACUAUGGAUUCCCACCAUCCCUCACCCAUCUUUACCGACCUUCACUUCAACCUGGCAAGUCCUCUGGCCAGAAGUGUCCGCAUUGCACUACAAUCUACUUCAAGGUCAAUCUGCCAAUUGGGGUGUGAUGCCUUGGCAUUAUUACCUCACCAACUCAUUACCUAAAAUUCUCAUGGUCAGCUUACCGCUAGGUGGUCUGGCAGGAGCAAUAUGGUUCUUCCGACUCAUCGGGGUGCAUGUAGGAGGUAAAGAGGGGGCUAAGAUUUACGAAGGCGUAGGGGAGGUCGUCAAGGUGUUUGGAGCGGGUGUGGUAGGGUUGAUAGGAAUGAUGAGCUUGGUGGGACAUAAGGAAUGGCGAUUCAUCAUCUAUGCAAUCCCCAUCUUGCAAAUCAUAGCUUCAUUCGGUGCAGCAGGAUUAUGGAACUUCCCAUAUCCCAAACUCAGACCCCUUGUCCGAUUAGGAUUGGUAGGGCUGGUAGUCUUGAAUAUAGUACCGAGUGGUGGGUUGACGUUUAUCAGUAUGAAUAAUUAUCCCGGCGGAGAGGUAUGGAAGGUUUUAGAGAGAUUACCCAAAGGGCAGGAUGAUACAAUCAAAAUUCACUUCCCUUCAUAUCCUUUGCAAACCGGUUCCACCCUAUUUACUUUCCUUCAUCAACAAUCCAAUAUCAACACUACAUCACAUGUCGGAUCAUUCGAGUUGUCACCUUUCCCGAAGCAGAAACAACCUCAAUGGAUAUACUCCAAAUCUGAGGAUGAAGCUUAUUCCACUUCGGAGGGAUUAUGGAACAAUGAGGUCGACUAUCUCGUUACUGAAGAUUGGGAUAGCUAUCUCGAUAAAUGGGAGAUUGUAGAUGAGAUUCAAGGGCUGGAUGGUGUAGGAAGGAAAGGCAAGUUUGGAUUGGAGGUGAAGUGGGGUAGGAAGUCAGCUAUUCUAGGGAAGAAAGAUGGACGAUAA